GGCGGGCAAUGAAAGUUGUUUAUCGUCUUUGAAAGGUUACACAAAAGUUUCAUUGGGUCGGACUUAAAAAUUUACUGUUAUAAUGUCUACUUUUAAAGAAAAGUGUGAAGACUACUUCGGCACAACUGAUUUUUAUGAAAUAUUAAAAGUAAAUCGUGGAGCUUCAGACAAAGAAAUAAAAAAAGCAUAUCACAAAUUGUCUCUGCUCGUUCAUCCUGAUCGAGUAGGUGAGUCAGAUAAGGAAUUGGCAACUGAAAAAUUUAAAGUGCUAGGAAGGAUCCAUUCGAUACUGCAGGAUGCUGAUAAACGUAAAACGUACGAUGAUUGCGGUGAGUUUGAUGAAGAUUCAGACUUCGGCAACUGGAUGGAAUACUGGAGAGCUAUGUUUAAAAAAAUCGAUAUAAAUGAUAUUAAGAAGUAUGAGGAAGAGUACAUCGGAUCAGAGACUGAGCUUCGUGACAUAAAAAAAGCCUAUGUGGGUAGUAAGGGUGAUAUGGAUUUGAUAUUGGAACGAGUGCCAUUCAGUACUUGUGACAAUGAACCCAGAAUCAAGGAUAUUGUCAGAAAGAUGAUUGAUAAUGGUGAAGUAGAAGAGUAUGAUGGGUUCUUCAAUGAGAAGAAACAGAAGGCACUGAGAAGACGUAAGAAGUGGGAAAAAGAAAAAAAGCUAUCUGAACAAAUUGAUAUGGAAGAAUUUGAAAGGGAAAUGGAAGAAAACAUGAAGAAAAGAGCUCAAAAUUUCAGUAGUUUCAUAUCAAAUUUAGAACAGAAGUAUGCACCUCAGAAAAAACGUAAAGCGAUUACAACAGGAAAUCCUGAUAAUAAGAAAAAGGGAAGGAAAGCUCGCUGAUAAUGCAUCUUUUGUAAUCUUUUUUGAUAUUUUUUAUAAUCUAUGUGUAUAAUUAAUUGUGAUUGUAAGGUUCAGUUUAAGAUUAGUGUUAUAAUGUGUGUAAUCAUUAUUAUAAUUAAACAUAUAAUUUAUGAAAAA